CUGGUUUUGUGUAAGAUGGUCAGUCAGUUUGAGAUUUAACCAGCAGCAUGAGCAUGGAGCAUGGAGCUUAAUCCCAUACCAAAUAUCAACCCACCAAGUAACACUAUGUCCAUGGGCCUCGACCAGACGUUGGAGGAAAGCUUACGAGAUGACCUGAAAUAUUACUUCAUGAGUCCAUGUGAGAAAUACAGAGCACGGAGACAGCUACCAUGGAAGUUGACAGUACAGAUUUUAAAAAUAGCCAUGAUUACAACCCAGCUUAUUCUCUUCGGGCUAAACAAUCAGCUCGUAGUGACCUACAAAGAAGAGAAUUUGAUGGCCUUCAAGAAUUUGUUCCUAAAGAGUUACAGUGGUGUGGAUGAUGAUGACUAUAGUGUAGCUGUCUAUACUAAACAGAGUGUCUUUGACCAUCUACACUUCAUUAUAGAUCAGUAUUCACUGUUGGACCAGCUGUCUGUGGGCUCAGUCAGUUAUGCCGAGGAGGAUAAAAAGUUACUUCCUUUAGUCAUAUGUAAAAAGUACUACAGACGGGGCAGUGAGGAGCAUUCUGAAGCAACCUUCGACAUAGACGCCCAAACUGAGUCAGCUUGUCUUAGUUUGGAUCCCAGAUCUGCUGCGACAUGUAGAACUAACAAUGCCACUUUUUUCGAGAUCGACUUUUACAGACUCGUCACUAUUGACAUCACGUUCCAGCUGAAAGGGAUCAACCUGCAAACUGUCCUUUCACACGAGCAGCCUGACUGUUACACUUUUGCAGUUUCGAUUACCUUUGACAAUCAGUGUCAUAGUGGAAAAGUGAAAAUUACGCUUGAUAUUGAUGCUGUUAGCAACGUGUGCAGCCACUGGAAGAUUUCAGGAACAGCUCAGAAGAACACUCACUAUCUCCUGGUCUUUGAUGCUUUCGUUAUCGUAGUGUGUCUGAUCUCUUCUGUGCUUUGCAUUCGCUCGAUUUUUCUUGCAAUUAAUUUGCUUAAGAGAUUUUCCAAGUUCUGUCUUUGGAAGUACAAUCAAAAAGUAUGUGAGGUGGACCAGCGAGAAUUUUUAAAUGGCUGGUACAUCUUGGUCAUUAUCAGUGAUGUUCUAGCAAUCAUAGGGUCAAUACUGAAGAUGGAAAUUCAGGCAAAGAGCCUGACAAGCUAUGAUGUGUGUAGCAUAUUUUUAGGAACCUCCACACUUAUGGUCUGGGUUGGUGUUAUUAGAUAUUUAAGUUACUUCCAGAAGUAUAAUGUUCUUAUUCUUACCAUGCAGGCUGCCCUCCCCAAGGUUCUCCGCUUCUGCUGCUGUGCAGGAAUGAUUUACCUGGGCUACACCUUCUGUGGGUGGAUUGUUUUAGGGCCUUACCAUGAAAAGUUUGAGGGUCUGAGCCGUGUAGCCGAAUGCCUCUUCUCCUUAGUGAACGGGGACGACAUGUUCCCCACGUUUGCUGAGUUCCAGCAGAAGAACACUGUGGUGUGGCUGUUCAGCAGGGCCUACCUCUACUCCUUCAUCUCGCUCUUCAUCUACAUGGUGCUCAGCCUUUUCAUAGCUCUCAUCACAGAUGCUUACGAGAGCAUCAAGCGCUACCAGAAAAACGGGUUUCCCAUGACAGAGCUGCAGCUGUUCCUGAGAGUGAAGAAGGAGUUCCCAGAGGGGGUGGAUGUACAGAAUGGAGAGAAAGACAACGCCAAUCGCUUCUCCUCCUUCAAUAAGCUGUGUGGCUGCAGAAGAGUUUCCAAAGACGAUUCCACCAUUCUAAUCAGCUGAUAGACAUUCUCAAGACAUUGAACAACUAAAGGAGCCCAGUCAAGCCGGCCAUCCCUGCAAGAAAAUCUGUAAUUGUGGCCCUAAAUGCUUCCAUAAUGUGAUCUAUCCUUGACCCUAUCCUUUACAUGUGUAUCAGGGAUCAGAACAUAACAGGCAUUAACCAAAGGAAAAAGCAGAUCAUUAGCAUCCAUGAAGGGGACUAUAAUAUAAUUAAGACUCUGGGAAAUUGAUCAUAAUAAGAAUUGGGAAAUUAACCCUGGCAUGUGUUACAAAUGCAGGAAAUAGAAGUGUUUUCUAUUAAAUUAUUUCCAGAAGCAAGCUGCUAAAAUGAUUGCAAGAAAAUGGCUCUAAUGCAAUGCAAAAACCUAUUAACCAUAAUUAUAUAUUGUUAAGAAAAAUGCUGUCUUCAGCAAGUUUAGUGUUCAAAACCUUUGUUAAAACAAGACAUUUGCAGAGCAAAUGCAAAAAAAUACUCCAAUUAACCAUAACAUUAAAUGCAUCGACUAUUGAAGUGAAUAACAUCGAUGAUCACCUUAAACUGACGCCUGUCCAGGGGUGGGAAAUAUUAAGCAGCAAGUGAAUAGUCAGUUCUUAAAAUCGAUGUGCAUGUGUCGUAGAAGCAGCAAUAUGCGGCCAGGCAUAAUGAACUGAGCCAGGGCCGCAUGAUGAUGGCUCAAAAGUUGGUUUAGAGUAUCUAUAAAACAGCAGGUCUUCUGGGAUGUACCUGGUAUGCAGUGGUUAAUACCUAACAAAAGUAUUCUAAGGAGGACAACUGAUGAAUCAUGGGCAUCCAAAGCUCAUUAAUCCACAUGGAAAGCAAAGUCUAGCCUGUUUGGGCCAAUCCCACAGAAGAGCUACUGUAGCACAUGUUGCUGCGAAAGUUAUACACACCAUGCAUUGCAACCUGCGGUUUAUGGGGCUGCGUAGCCACAGACUGGUCAGAGUGCCCAUGCUGACCCCUGUCCACUGCUGAAAGCUCAUACAACAGUUACAUGACCUGGACAAUUGAGUAAUGGAAGAAGGUGGCCUGGUUUAAUGUACAGUAUCACGGUUUCAUUUACACCAUGGAUACAGUAGCUGUGUGUGUGCCUCAAUUACCUGGGCAUUAAACAACCUCAAUAACACUUUCACUUCAUUAUUUAUAAAAACAAGGUGCUUUUCUGAAAUGUUUCACUUCCUGUUUAAAUCUGCAUUUACAAGUGAAAGUUGUACAUAAUAUAGUAUUGAUUUUUACUAAGUCUGCUGCUCCAGUGUUUUGAUGUUCUUUUUCGUCAGAUGUUACUAUAGAAUACUUAAAUAUAAUUACAAGCAUUUCAUAAGUGUCAAAGACUCUUAUUGACAAUUACAUAAAUUUUAUGCAAAGAGUCAAUAUUAGCAGUGUUGACCCUUCUUUUUCAAGACCUCUGCAAUUCACCCUGGCAUGCUGUCAAUCAACUUCUGGGCCACAACCUGACUGAUGGAAGACCGUUGUUGCAUAAUAAUUGCUUGGAGUUUGUCAGAACUUGUGGGGUUUUGUUUGUCCACCCAGUGGGAUUAAGGUCUGGAGAGUUUCCUGGCCAUGGACCCAAAAUGUUUAGAUUUUGUUCCAUGAUACACUUAAUUAUCAUUUUUGCAAGGUGCUCCAUCAUGCUGGAAAAGGCAUGGUUUAUCACCAAACUGUUCAUGGAUGGUUGGGAGAAGUUGCUCUCGGAGGAUGUUUUUGCACCAUUCUUUAUUCAUUGCUGUGUUUUUAGGCAAAAUCGUGAGUGAGCCCACUCCCCUGGAUGAAAAGCAACCCCACGCAUGACUGGUCUCACUAGGCUGUUGACAUGACACAGGACUGAUGGUAAAAUUAAUAUUUGUGUCAUUCUCUGACUUUUGAUUACAGAUGUAAAACAUUGCAGGUGAAUAAAAAAAAAUAUGAUGAAGAUGGGUGAAAAAUAUUAGUAUCCUAAACAUGUAAUGUUUUAUGAUCUCAGGAAAUAGAACAACUAAAUCAAGUCGGCUUCUCUCAAUGGCAAAAUCUUCCAUUAUACUGUAUACAAUCUACUCUAUCAUUUACCCGCAUUACCCAAAGGAAGAAGCUAAUCAAUAACAUCCAUUAAGAAGACUAUAAUAUAAUUACGUCUCAAAUGUUCAAAUGUUUGCUGGGUCAGAUGGCUAGUAAAUAUGAAAGAAAUCUGAAAUUUAUCUUAAUAAGAGGCAGAGUAUUACCCCUGCCAUAUGCCACAGUUACAGAAUAAGCAACAUUUACGUUUAUUUAUUUGUUUAUUUUUUGAGAAAAUGCAUUUGGAAUUUAGAAAUAAUUGUGGCGAGCAUAUGGGUCUGACGCCAGAGCUGUUAAGGAGAAAUAAUCUACAUAUGUACUAACAUUACCUAUAGUGAGGCAUUCUUGGUAAAACUGUAUUUUCACUUCAUUAUAUACCAGGAGCUAGGUGCUUUUUCUGGGGAUUCUUGCACUUCCCUUCCUUUUUUUUUUUUGUUUUCAUUGUUGAUUUUUACAGGUUU